AUGUCUGAUCUAUGCCCUCGACCCAAACACUCCCCUGGUAGUCAACAAUUUUACGCAUUCGGCGUAAUAGCUCUCCUGGACAGUCUGCGUGAGCAUUUGUCAUCCUGCAUCGAUACCUUCCUACUGCAUGCCAGCCUCCUGCGUCUAGAUACCGGACACACAACCUCGGUGCCGACGGAUCAGGCGGCGGAGUUGAGAAGGGAACGCACGCGUCACCGCCUCGCUGCCGAUUGUGUCGAAUUCGAGCUGACGCUAGAGGAACAAGUGACUUCCAACGGUAGAAUUCCGGGCUGCCGGCUGUUUGACCUUGCUCCCGAGGCCUACGCCCGGCUGCGUGCAUUCCGACCUUUGCUCCUCAUACCUACGGACGAUCUCUUGACGGUAUGA